AUGAGAGGGUGUACUAGGGAGUUGCAAAAGCUGAUCAUCGAAGCACAAGCCCGGGCCGAAUACGAAACGGUUACUUCCGAUACUCCGGCUGCUAAUGCCACCUGUCUCCCCGGUUUCAUUUCGGAUCGUUCAGCCAUCGAUCCAGUGGUCUACGCCAGGCACGUGUCGGCACUUGAUUCGAUGGCAGAUGAGGAUGUGGUAAUCUGGAUCGGCGUAGAGCUCCAGGUCGUCCUCGUAGCACCGGCAUUCUGGACUGUCGGUGGGUCGUAUCUGGGGAAGAAUUGGGGCAAAUUUGGGGUUCAGAGUGGACUCAAGUCUACUUAG